GGACUUCCGGUUUGGGAGCUGUACUUGGGAGGCUGGAGAGCCAGAGCCGGGGCCGGGGCUGGGGUCGGGGUCAGGGUCGGACCCCGAGUGGGUGAGGCUGGCCCGGAGGCAAGGAUGCGAGGGGGUUGAGGGGCAGCUCGAGAGGGAGACGCUCCCAGGGGUGGGCUGGAGGGCGCCCUCAGGGCGCCUUAGCCGGGUCAGAGGCCUCUGGAGGGACCGCACGACGGCUCCGGGUUACCCGGCCGGAGGGAGCGGAGACAAAAGAGGCCAGAAUCCCGCAGCCGCUGCUCCUUGAGCUGAGAGCUCUGCGUCCGCGAACCGGCAGCACCUGGAGCCUCUGGCCGACACCCGAGCCCGUCCUCAGGAAGCCCGUUACUACUGCUCCUCGGAUUCCGUCUCUCCAGCGCACUGUGACUCUCCCCAAGCCCCCAUGGUCCUCGCUUUGGAGCCAAAACCAGCUUCUCUCCUUGCGCGAGGUUUUCCGACAGGAAGAAACACCUCUUACAGAGUCAUCUGCAGGGGAUUCUCCAAGGACAUGGGAAGAUAGAUGUAAGCCCUGGAACCCAGACUCCUAAGCGAAGGGAAGCUGCAUUCUGCUAUUAAUGAUGGCCAAAUCAGCUCUAAGAGAGAAUGGCACUAACUCUGAGACCUUCCGACAGCGUUUCAGGAGAUUCCAUUACCAGGAGGUGGCUGGGCCGCGGGAGGCUUUCAGCCAACUCUGGGAACUUUGCUGUCGGUGGCUAAGGCCGGAGGUGCGCACCAAGGAGCAGAUUGUAGAACUGUUGGUGCUAGAGCAGUUCCUGACCGUCUUACCUGGGGAGAUCCAGAAUUGGGUACAGGAACAAUGUCCAGAAAAUGGAGAGGAGGCAGUGACUCUCGUGGAAGAUUUAGAAAGAGAGCCUGGAAGACCUGGAUCUUCGGUCACAGUCUCUGUGAAGGGGCAGGAAGUGCGCUUGGAGAAGAUGACACCCCCGAAAUCAUCACAAGAGUUAUUAAGUGUUCGGCAGGAGUCAGUGGAACCCCAGCCCAGGGGUGUACCCAAGAAAGAGAGGGCAAGAAGCCCAGACCUGGGACCACAGGAGCAGAUGAACCCAAAGGAGAAGCUCAAACCUUUUCAAAGGAGCGGAUUUCCAUUUCCUAAAUCCGGUGUGGUCUCCAGGUUGGAGCAAGGAGAGCCAUGGAUCCCAGAUCUGCUGGGCUCUAAGGAGAAAGAACUUCCAAGUGGCAGCCACACAGGAGACAGACGAGUGCAUGCUGAUCUGUUACCAUCCAAGAAAGAUAGAAGAAGCUGGGUGGAACAGGAUCACUGGAGCUUUGAAGAUGAGAAGGUGGCAGGUGUGCACUGGGGCUAUGAAGAGACCAGAACGCUCCUCGCAAUUCUCAGCCAGACUGAGUUUUAUGAGGCUCUCAGAAACUGCCAUAGGAACAGCCAAGUGUAUGGGGCUGUGGCUGAGCGGCUCAGGGAAUAUGGCUUCCUCCGGACCCUGGAACAGUGUCGGACCAAGUUCAAAGGUCUCCAGAAGAGCUAUCGGAAAGUCAAGAGCGGCCACCCACCUGAGACCUGCCCCUUCUUUGAAGAGAUGGAAGCCCUGAUGAGUGCUCAGGUCAUUGCCCUGCCCAAUAAUGGCCUGGAAGCAGCAGCCUCUCACUCUGGCCUGGUAGGCAGCGAUGCUGAGACUGAAGAGCCAGGGCAGAGGGGCUGGCAGCAUGAGGAGGGAGCAGAAGAGGCUGUGGCUCAGGAGUCUGACAGUGAUGACAUGGAUCUAGAGGCGACCCCCCAGGACCCCAACUCAACUGCACCUGUUGUGUUCAGAAGCCCAGGUGGUGUACACUGGGGCUAUGAAGAGACCAAGACUUACCUUGCAAUUCUUAGUGAGACCCAGUUUUAUGAAGCCCUCCGGAACUGUCACCGCAACAGCCAGCUGUAUGGAGCAGUGGCUGAGAGGUUAUGGGAAUAUGGCUUUCUUAGGACCCCAGAACAGUGUCGGACCAAGUUUAAAAGCCUGCAAACCAGCUAUCGGAAAGUUAAGAAUGGCCAGGCACCAGAGACCUGUCCCUUCUUUGAAGAGAUGGAUGCUUUGGUGAGUGUCCGGGUUGCUGCCCCACCCAAUGAUGGCCAGGAAGAGACUGCUUCUUGCCCCGUCCAGGGGACCAGUGAGGCUGAAGCUCAGAAGCAAGCCGAGGAGGCAGACGAGGCCACAGAGGAAGAUUCUGAUGAUGAUGAAGAGGAUACUGAGAUACCCCCAGGGGCUGUCAUAACCCGUGCUCCAGUGUUAUUCCAAAGCCCCCAUGGUUUUGAAGCUGGAUUUGAGAAUGAAGAUAAUUCAAAACGGGAUAUUUCUGAGGAAGUACAACUGCAUAGGACAUUACUUGCAAGAUCUGAAAGGAAAAUUCCCCGGUAUCUUCAUCAGGGUAAAGGCAAUGAGAGUGACUGUAGAUCAGGAAGACAGUGGGCAAAGACCUCAGGGGAGAAAAGAGGAAAACUGACACUCCCGGAGAAGAGCUUAAGUGAAGUCCUAAGUCAACAGAGACCUUGCUUGGGAGAGAGACCCUAUAAAUAUCUCAAAUACAGCAAAAGCUUUGGUCCAAACUCCCUUCUCAUGCAUCAGGUAUCCCACCAGGUGGAAAAUCCAUAUAAAUGUGCUGAUUGUGGGAAAAGCUUCAGUCGGAGUGCACGACUCAUUAGACACCGGAGAAUCCACACUGGAGAGAAACCUUAUAAAUGUCUUGACUGUGGAAAAAGUUUCCGUGACAGUUCAAAUUUCAUCACCCAUAGGAGAAUCCACACAGGAGAGAAACCUUAUCAAUGUGGUGAGUGUGGGAAAUGCUUCAAUCAGAGCUCAAGCCUUAUCAUUCACCAGAGAACCCACACAGGAGAAAAGCCCUAUCAAUGUGAAGAGUGUGGAAAAAGCUUCAAUAACAGUUCUCAUUUUAGUGCACAUCGGAGGAUACACACAGGAGAGAGACCCCAUGUGUGUCCUGACUGUGGAAAGAGUUUCAGUAAGAGUUCUGACUUACGUGCACAUCAUAGAACCCACACAGGAGAGAAACCCUAUGGGUGUCAUGACUGUGGCAAGUGCUUCAGUAAAAGCUCUGCCCUUAAUAAGCACCGAGAAAUCCAUGCACGGGAAAAGCUUCUGACACAGUCAGCUCCUAAGUAAGCCCCUGAGGAUAUAUAACGGAAAGAGGCUCAAUAAAUAUAUUGUUCAGAAAGUC